AUGGAUUGUGCUCAGUUCACAUCUAUCGUUUCCCUUGUGGAUUCUCUUGUACGUAAUACGCAUGUCAGAAAGUCACGUAUACUGUCAUCAAAUCAAGUUCCUGUUGGUGAAGCAUCCUUGGCUCCAGUCUCCAACAAGUCUCUAACGGACUUCUCCAUCUGCAGUAUCCUGAGUCUAGAACGUGACAUCACUCAAUCUCCCCCAAUUUCCGGUAAGUUUAAAGUUUCAUCUUUAGAUACUCUAGCUCUUAGUCGAAGGUAUUAUUUGGCAUUCUUGAUUAUCGCAAUGACCAUUUCAAAAUCAAUUUUUAUCUACAAGUCGCCCUUCUACCAUUUGGAUCCAUCUUGGAAAAAGAAAAAGAGAAAUACUCAGCUUUUCACAGGAUAUUUCUGUUGUUAAAACUGACCAAUAGAGCGGUAUUGUGAAACAAAAAUUGUCCGUAGGAAUAACCAUUAAAACAUAUGUGUCUAGAAUGUUGACUAAUUGUAUUUAAGAGAGAUGAAGAGGAAAUUGUAGGUGACAUUUAAAAAACUAAAAUUCAAUUCAUUUUUAAUUUACAGAAUGCAACAGUGACACCAGUCCGCCGUUAUCUCCUUACUCCGACUGCGCAAGUCCGCGUUCCAGCGACAGAGCAACCAGUCCACCGUGA